AUGGAAGAGACUGGACUCGAUCCUUGGAUAAAGUCUGAAACUUCUGAAUCCUCACAAAUUAGUGAAGUUAAUACGAUCAAAAAGGAUGCCAAUAAUUAUAUCUCACAGGAUUGUAUUAUCAAAAUUUCCAAGUUUCCAGAAGAGAAAGAUAUGAUUAUUGAAGCAGUACAGAAACGAUUUCCUUUCUUGCCAUAUACUAAUUCAAAUGCAUGGUAUCGAGAUGUUUUUAAAUAUAUUGAUUCGGAAGCUAAAUGUCCAAUAUGCAAAGAAAGCUUACCGGAAAUUCAAGUAAGUGUACCAAACAAAACCUGCCUUUAUCAGCCAGAGGCUGGCUUACGCCAAUAUGCCAUCGAACAUGGAAUGGACCCCGAGAAAUUUUCGGUCAUUGCUGAGGCAGAGAAAAAUAGAUGGACCAUGGGUUGCUUUCGUGCUGAUUUGGAAAGAGAUAUACGUAAUACGCUGUUACCAAGGUGGGAGGAAAUUAUCGUAAAUUUUUAA